GAGCACGCCCUCAGCGCCGCGCCUCGUCCCUUGCAUUUAAUGGAAGAGCCGAGCCGCGACGGCGGCGCUUCGCGGAGCCCGGUUCCCCCGGCGAGCCAAGCCGAGCGCGCCCGCAUGGCCUCCAGCCUGGCGGAGGACCUGGUGUGCCCCGUCUGCCUGGCCAUCUUCCGCGAGCCCCACUUGCUGGGCUGCGGCCACAACUUCUGCCUCUCCUGCUUGCAGGGCUGCGUGCCCAAGGGCCAGGGCGCGGGGACGUGUCCGGAGUGCCGCCUCCCCUUCCAGCUGCGGGAGCUGAAGCCCAACCGCGCUCUGGCCAGUCUCUCCAGCAAGGCCCGCAGGCUCAGGCUGGACGAGGGGCCGGCCGUGCACUUCUGCGAGGAGCACGACGAGCCGCUGAAGCUCUUCUGCUGCCAGGAGAGCGCCCCCAUCUGCGUGAUCUGCCGGGACCUGCCCCAGCAUCGCGGGCAUGAUUUCCUGCCGACCCAAAAUGCGGUGAAAUACGCGCAGAAAAAAUUGAAACCAUAUCUGAAUGUUCUGGAGAAACAUCUAAAUCUUUUAGUUGAGGCUGAAGAUUAUCAGAAGGAUGAAAUCAAUGCACUCGAGUGGUCUACUGAAGAAAAACAGAGACAGAUUUCCAGAGAAUUUAAGGUUCUCCACCAGAUAUUGCAUGAAAAGGAACAGAAAAUCAAGAUGAUCGUGCAGAACAUGAAGAAGAAGAAUCUGAAGGAAAUGGAGAUCGCCUUAACUGUUUUCCAAGAGGAAGUGCUUUCAAAUAAACACAUCAUUGACAAGAUCAAAGCAGCAUCAGAAACUACAGACCAAGUGGCAUUUCUCAAGGACUUCAAGAACCUGAUGGAAAAUGUCAAGGAGUGUCAUCCAGAGGAGGUUGAAGAUGAUGGCACCAGUGGAGAUGACGAGGAAGGGCCAGAGGAAGAUGGGAGUCAUGAAGAGCAAAGGGAUAUGCCUGCCAAAGAAGAUGCUGGAAAUAAUGAAGAAUUGCUUGAAUUAUCUUCUUCUUCUUCUUCGGGGGAGGAGGAGGAGGAGGAGGAGGAGGAGGAGGAGGAUAGUAAUAGUGGUGCUAAGAACAGAGUGGUAUUUUUGGAUGUGGCUCUGGAAAAAUUCAUGACCUCCUUGGACUUUAAGAAUUGGAAGAAAAUGUUGGAGGAUAUUAAACCCACCAUUCACCCCACUGUCCUAGGGAGUCACAGGCGCUGAGCCUCACCCCAUUCUGCAGCAAAUAAGCAGCCCCAGUGCAGUUAGCUGGCCAACUUGAAGUGACGCCCUCUAGUGCUGACACUGGUUCCCCAUCUCCCUCGUAACAGUUCUGCCAGGACCAUUUUCUUUGCAAGGCACGGAGGGCAUUGCAUACCUGGAAGCUGUUUUUCUGCUUGUCCCCUGGAGCCAGCACCACCCACAGAAUGCAAUUCAUUCUGUGCAUCCCGAGUCUCUGGGUACUGGCCUGAAGGCACUGUGUUCUCUUAGCUGCAGUUUUUGACCACAAAUAAAGAUUGUAUAAGCCAGCA